UCCCAGUCCCGAGUGAGUCCGCGUGUCGGCGAGCUACAUACAAAUGGCUCGACACCCGGUCGCUGUUAUCACACUGUUAUUGUGUCUCAUUAUCACGAACACUGUGUUAUCAAACAAGAAUCGCAACGUUCUCAUACUCUUAGCUGACGAUGGAGGUUUUGAAAUCGGAGCGUAUAGAAACAAAAUUUGCCAAACUCCGAACAUCGACGAGUUUGCGAAGCGCAGCGUCAUCUUCAACAAUGCCUUCAGUUCCGUCAGUAGCUGCUCUCCGAGUCGCGCGGCUCUGCUGACCGGCACCCCGAGUCAUCAGAACGGCAUGUACGGGCUCCAUCACGGUGUUCAUCACUUCAACUCCUUCGAUAACGUCACCAGCUUACCGAACAUACUGCGCGAGCACGGAGUCUACACUGGUAUAAUCGGUAAGAAGCACGUGGGUCCGAGCAGCGUGUACAAGUUCGACAUGGAGUGGACGGAGGAGGGACACAGCAUCAACCAGGUCGGGAGGAACAUCACGCACAUGAAGCUGCUGGCCAGGAAGUUCCUGCGGGAGGCGAACAGACUCGACAAACCGUUCCUGCUGUACGUCGGGUUCCACGACCCUCACCGCUGCGGCCACGAGGCUCCUCAGUACGGCCCCUUCUGUGAGAGGUUCGGUUCCUCGGAGGAGGGGAUGGGGGUCAUCCCCGACUGGAAGCCCUGGUACUAUCAGUGGGACGAGGUGCAGCUGCCUUAUCAUGUCCAGGACACUGAGGCGGCCCGGAGAGACAUCGCGGCGCAGUACACCACUAUGUCCAGAUUAGAUCAAGGUGUGGGGCUCAUGCUGAAGGAGCUGGAGGCGGCGGGCCACGGACACGACACGCUGGUCAUAUACACCUCCGACAACGGGAUUCCCUUCCCUUCGGGGAGGACCAACUUCUACGACCCCGGGCUGAGGGAACCUCUGAUCAUGCACUCGCCAGACCCUGGAGCUCGCAGAAACGAAGCCUCCGGCGCCCUGGUGAGUCUGCUGGACCUCACGCCUACUGUCCUCGACUGGUUCGGCGUCCGCACACCGCGACACAUCGACCACGAGUGGCGCGACCGGCCCAGGAGUCUGCUGCCCAUAUUGAACAAAGAGCCGCCGCCGAGUGAGCAAGACGCCGUGUUCUCGUCCCAGACGCACCACGAGAUCACCAUGUACUACCCCAUGAGGUCGGUCCGCACCCGUCGGUACAAACUCAUCCACAACCUCAACUUCGGGAUGCCCUUCCCCAUCGACCAGGACCUGUACGUGUCGCCGACCUUCCAGGAUAUAUUGAACCGCACUCGAAGCAAGCAGCCUCUGCCGUGGUACAAGACUCUGAAGCAGUACUACUACCGACCGCAGUGGGAGAUGUACGACCUCAAGAACGACCCCUUGGAGACCCACAACCUGCACGGUAAGCCGUCGCUGUCCGAGGUGGAGGCUUCUCUCAGGGAGCGGCUUCACUCGUGGCAGCUCGCUACCGGCGACCCCUGGCUCUGCUCGCCGGCCGCGGUCCGGGACCCGCGACCCGGGGCCCACUCCGCCGUCUGCGACGCGCUCGACAACGGCCUCACACACUACAUGCACACCUAGACCCGCGCGCUCGCUCACCUCCGACCUCCCAUCUCGGUACUCAUCACUGACACGGGAGGUCUCUCUUUAUACAGACGGUUGUGUGACUCCUUUCUCCCACACGAGGCUCGUUGACACACUAACAUUUAUUUAUUUAUUUAUUUAUUUAUUUAUUUAUUUAUUUAUUUAAAUAGGAAGCCAACGUUGUAUACAAUUUUAGUUCUUAGUCUUAAUUAACACUAAAUUAUUUAAUUUGUUACAUGCAUUAAUUGUACACCCCACUUAUAGGCUAACUCGACAUUCGCAUGUACAUGAUAUGUAAUAAAAUAACAUUCUUUGCAUGUUCACUCACGAACAAAAAAAAAAUAGUAAUAAUAAUAAUGAUCUAAUAAUAAUCUUAAACAAUAGCAAAUGUGAAACAGUUGAAAGCAACAAUUGGUAAAAAAUGAGGUACAAAUAAAGUAAAACAAUUACAAGCACUGACUUAAGGAAAAAGUAACGAGAACCAAAAAAAGAAAAAGUGUGAUCACAAAUCAUAAUCAAAACGCAAUAAUAAUACUGGGCUGAUAAUAGAGUAGUAAUAAAAAAAUAUGAUAAUACUAAGCCCAAAAACCAAGACAUUCUUGCGCAGUAUAUUCCACAGAGACCUUACUUCGUAGAAUUACUGAGACUAACCUCAACUAGUCAGAUAGCCCUUUGCUAGUCUUUUGAAAGGUAACAGAGAAUGCUUGAAAAUAUCUAACCCAGCUCCUUUAAAUACGUUAUUAUAAGUUAGAAUCAUUCUGUUGAUGGGAGCAUUACGGCCGAUGUUAGUCCUAGCAAACCUUUCCCUGAACGUAUGUUUAUUCCUUAUGUGGCUCCUUGAGUUAUAUUUUGGUAUCGCCAAUCCAACUCUCUCUAACAAAUUUGCACUAUCAAGAUCACCCUUCACAAUUCUGUGAAGAAAACAUAAAUCUAUUAAUUUUCUACGAUUACACAGGGAAGGCGUAUGGUAAAGAUUUAACAAAUCUUCGUAUCUGUCAUUCUGUCUUAAGACUUUAUCUUUGUAGGCCAGGUGACGUAAGAACUUCUUCUGUACUCUCUCGAUUCUGUCUCUAUGUGUUUGAUAUUGCGGAUUCCAUACAACAGAACAAUAUUCCAGUUUACUGCGUAUCAAUGAGUUAAAGAGUGCAAUUUUGGUUGAAGAUUUUUUAAAUUCCUUUGUGGUUCUUAUGAUAAAACCUAAUACUUUAAAUGCGUUUGUAAUAAUAUUAUCAAUAUGCGGAAUAAAGGUCAGUUUGUGGUCCAGUGUAACUCCUAGGUCGGAUAUUUGAUGUAACCUCUUCAGAACGUUUUCUUUAAUAUUAUAAUCAAAUAUGAAAUUUGAUUUCUUUCUGCUAAAGGUAAUAGCGUAGCAUUUUAAAUGGUUUAAUUUUAAUUUAUUCUGGUCACACCAUAAUCCAAGCCUAUCGACAUCCAUCUGCAUAUUCCUUGCGUCUUUAAUGUCGUUUAUCGUCUUAUAGAGUUUGAGGUCAUCGGCAUACAAUUGAAACUCACAAUGCUUAAAACACUUAGCUAUAUCAUUGACGAAAAUUCCAAAUAAAAUAGGACCAAGAAUAGAACCCUGAGGAACACCCGAGGUCGCAGUAAAUGCAUCUGAUUGGUAACCUCCAACGACAACGUUCAAAGUACGCCCUGUUAAAUAAGAUUCCAACCACCUUAAAAGAUAAACAUCGAUGCCAUAGUCGCUAAGUUUUUGAAGUAAAAUAUGAUGGUCCACCAAAUCAAAGGCCUUUUCCAGGUCCGUGUAAAUGCAAUCUAUUCUCUCCGAGUUGUCCAUAGCCUUUGAUAUAUCGUCAACAAAAAUUGCUAAAUUAGACAUAGUAGACCUUUUUUUAGUAAAGCCGUGUUGAUUAUCUAUCAUUGUAGACUUCAUGUGCCACGUAAGUAGAGGACUAAUAAAUGAUUCAAAAAUUUUUGAGAAGACAGAUAGUAAACAGAUUGGUCUGUAAUUCUUUAUGUCAUUUUUAUCACCACUUUUAAAAAUUGGUACCACUCUUGCCUUUUUCCACAGGGAGGGGAAUUCACCAAGAGAUAGCGAUUUGUUAAAAAUUACAUAUAAAGGCUUUGCUAAAGGAACAGCACAUCUUUUAAUGAAUAAUGGAGGUAUGUCAUCAGGACCAGUUCCUUUAGCAAUAUCGAGACUUCUCAGCUCUUUUACAAUGUCACUCUCAAGGAUGUGCGUAUUGUUCAAAUGUGUGUUAAACAUUGAUCUUGUAAUGGGGGUUGAUGAAGUGGUUUUUAAAUCGUUCGUAGCGUAAAUAUUAGAAAAAUGUUUUGCAAAUUGGUUACAUAUAUCAGACCCAUUUGUGAAAGAGCAACCAUUCAUUGUCAUCAAUGCCGGGUACUCACAUCUGUUACCGCGCAGAUUUUUGACGUACGAGUAAAAGUGUUUAGUGUUUAAUUUAAUAUUGUCUUCUAUCUCAUUUAAAUAAUUUCUAUAAUCAGUGUCAAUUAAAAUUUCACAUCUGUCUCUUAGUAUUUCGUAUUCAAUUUUAUCCAUGGGAUUGUGAUAUUUCUUAAACAGCAAUCUGUACUUAUUCUUCUCUCUUAAUCUUUUCUUUAAAUUACUCGUGUACCAUACAGGAUAAUUACUAUUAUUCUUCGGUUGCCCUUUUGGAAUACAUUGCUGGACUAAGUUGCCCAGGUGUGAAUAAAAUAUUUCGGUCAUUUUAUCUACGUUGUCGCAAUUAAUAAGUAAAGUUUCCCAGUCAAUGCCGGCAAGGAGUUCAUUAAUUUUUUCAUAAUCACCCUUUCUAAAGUUAUACCUAACAUUAGUAUUCACCUCCAGCGUCGAUGGUUUAUAUUCUAGUUCAAGCUUAAUCUGUAGAGGAGGAUGAAACUUGUCAACCGAGCAUGCUGAGAAGUUGCUUUCUGUUACUUCAACCUUUUUAUUUGAACUGAAAAUAAGAUCUAAUAUCUUCCCGUAUGCAUUAGUUACAGAGUUAUAUUGCGAAAGAGACGUUAACCCCAUAAAAUCCUUAAUUAGAGAUAUAAGUGGACCACUAUUGCAUGGAAACAUUUUAUUAUUGUUAAGAUCUAGACUCCAUUCUAUGGACGGAAUAUUGAAAUCCCCUAAUACUAGGGUUCGUGAUUGCUUGUUAUUUGUUAUUCUCUCAACAUUUAUUGUGAAACGUUCAAGAAUGUCGUAUUGUAGUGGCGAUGGGAUAUAUACUGCACAUAGUGAAAUAGUUUCCGACUCCAGUACUAUAUUAACCCAAAUAUCUUCACAAUUAGUUUCCCAAGAAUUAACCCUGUAAGAUUUAUAUUUUUUUAAGACUGCUAUCAAAACUCCUCCGCCCUCCUUUUUCUUAGAAUCGCAUGAUUCACGAUCUCUGCGAAAUAUAUUAUAUCGCGCAUCGAACAACUCGUUGUCCGAUAUUCCGCUAUUGAGCCACGUUUCAGUGAAAACUAAUACAUCAAAAUCAGACUUAAGCGUUGCUAAGUAAACGUCUUUGGUUUUCGUUUUUAGUCCCCUAACAUUCUGAUAGAAUAUUUUUAUGGCAUUAGCCAUUUUGAUUUUAAUUUUCAAAAAAAAAAAAAAAGCACUGCGUAAUAUUAUCUUAACUUAAUAAAAAAAAAUAUAUAGCAAAAAUAAUAAUACAAGAAAAUUAACUGUUACAAUGCAACUACAAAGAAGAAAAAAAAAAAAAACAAUUAAAUAAACUUUAAGUUAAAGUGAGUAAGUCGUCCUUUGAUUUAACUACAAUUGCGUCACUGGAUUCAGUUUUUCGCAGGAAUAUUUUACCGUUACGCGUCCAGACGAAACGAUAUUGUUUUUGCUUGGCGAAAAUACGAGCUGCGGCGUAGGUGUCUUUAGCCGUGGGGGAUAAGUGCUCCGAAAUAAAUACUGGUCUCUUCUCACCAGGUACUCCAAGAUGUGAUGUAUUUAACCUGUCUUUUUUAUUCAACUUAUUAAAGUUUAUUACGCCAGCCAAAAAUGUAUCUCUUAUUAGGGGAGAAUUAAAUUUUACUAUAAUAGAUCUUGGGCGCAAGGAAUUUCUAUUUAUUUUCGCAACACGGGUGCACUUUACUACACUUCCUUCAGGUAUAUUAACGUUGGUAAUCUUACCAAUCUGUUCUACCGUUUUUAGCAGGUUUUCGCUUCUUUUUUCCGGAAUGCAGUGCAAUUCAAUGUUACUUGCCCUUGACUCCCUAUCUAAAAUAUUAAUUGUAUUUGUUUGAUUUUUUAGGGUUUCCCUAAGUUCACUGUUUUCUUUAAUUAACGACUGGUUUUCCUUCUUUACACCAUCUAAUUCUUGUUUAACAGUUUCUAUGAUGCCCGAUAGGUGUUCUAAUGAGGAUGUUAUAUUUUUAAAAACGCUCAGUUCUUCUCGAAUUUUUUGUAGUUCCACACUUAUUGUUCGAGAAAAAACUUCCUGCACCUCUCUCCUUAUGGCUGAUAGCCAAUCGCUAUUUGUUGCCGCAGUUUCUUCGGUGCUUUUAAAUAUAUUUGUGUCGUUGCUUUCGGGUACCGCAGAAGGAGAUUUAUUCUUGCAGGAGGCACACAUCCACUGCCCUCGUACCACUGAUGUUCUAGCACCAGGCUGAACAAUGCAAUCAAAAUGGUACUUUGUGUUACAUUUAUUGCAGCCAAUUCUUUUUUGUGUAACUAGUAUGAUCAAUUUGCAUACAUUACACGUACUCGACAUCUUUGAACACUUUAAAAAUAAAGAAUAAUAUAAUAUGACAAGUUUGAUCUAUCGUUGGUGAGAUUUGAACCAAGGACCUGACGCUUUGUUUGCGUCGUAUUAAUCGUACUCAACAACUAACAUAUCAUAAUAAGUCUGUGUAAUUUUAAUUCCAUGACUUUUUAACAUAAGUAUCACACUAAUUUAAUAUUUUUAGAGAACUUUAAUAUUUUCUCACAUGCUCUCCUUCAUUACGCUAUAUAAGCAACUGAAACAGUCAGAAAUGACUUGGGCGGUGUGACGACUCUGUGACGUCACAGCUGCGAAAACGACGACUGCAUGCUGGCGGUCGACCUUCAGCACCGACCGCCAGGCGUGGCACGUGUGUCCUUACUAUCAGUUGCAUCGUAAGUUAGUGUAAAACUGGAAUUGUUCUGUAUUUUUAUGACGUUACAAGUUUGGGAAUUGUGGUACAGGAACAGAAACGAAGUGUCACCACACACGAUCGUUUUGGCAAAAAUCUUCUUGUAGAAUUUUACAUGCGGCGUGUAUAUGUGUUAACGGUAAUGUAUGU